AUGGGACAAAUGCAAUGCUCUGAAACAAAAACUGUUCUUGUCCUGCGGCUGAGAGGAGGCCCCAGGAAGAAAAGAGUCACUUUUACAAGCGAUACAGUGGACAACGAGUGCUUAAACAGGAAAAAGUCCAAAAAGUGCUGCAUAUUCCACGAAAAAAGCGAAUGCGAGAAUAUUCUUCAGUGA